AUGGCGCCAGAAGCACAGAUGCCCUGUCGCCAGGAGGUCUUCAGAGGCCGAAAUCCAAGCACGACAAGCGCCGCACUCGAAGCGCCUCGCCAACACGAGGCGCAUUCGGGACGGGAAGUGGUCUCACAAGAGCGUCGUCUUCAUCCUCAUUGCAGGGACGCCACCGGCUCCUGGUUGCGCACCCGCCGGAAGAGCGCGACCACCACGGAAGUAGGGACCACAUCCACGAAUCGCGGUUGGGGGAACUGCUUAUUUUUCCACGACGAGGAACUAAGGGCGAGCAGUGAAAGUGAAGCAGCUGCUGUCCGGGAGUUGCGUUCUACAACGCGGGGUGAACAGGAUACUAGGAGUGACAAGGCGGACGAGGAAGCCGACGCGACCGAAGACGAAUCCGAAUGCGAUCAGAGCACGACCCGCGGGGAAAAUAGGAUAUUCACACCCUUCGUGUUGAAUCCCAGCUUGCAAGACCUCCGCCGCCGUUGCAGCCCACCACGAGCCACUACUAUUUGAACUUGAACGAGAGGACGUGCACCAGGGCACAACAAGCGCGGACACAACAGGGCGGCCUCACGUGAUCGCGUGGACACAAGCGUCCGCCAACAUGGAUGACCUAUUUUGGGGGGCUUGAAGGAGAAAGAAGUAAUGUAGCUCCAUCAACAUUGCCGGUGCUACUAGUACUAUGGGAAAAAGUAGAAAUAACAAGUACGAACUUACAGCUACACCAAGUCAAAGAACUUGAACUGAUGAAAGCCACUGGGUGCCGCUCGUCCUUGAUUACGAGAGAGCGCCGACGUACAGGGUACAUUUGAUAUACCUAGACAUACAAUUCUUGGUGACCACCUUUUGUAUGUCAGAACUCAAAUUUAUAUAGAUGAGUAUGCUUCAGCUUCUUUUCAAAAUAAUUUUUUCGCUUACUGUUACUUAUUGUUCUUUUUAGCCACGUAAUUUUGCAUAUUAAUUGCUCUUUUAAACCACGUAAGUUUGCAUCAAUUUUUGGAAACAAAUUGUUCUUUAUUUGAACCACGUAAUUUUGCAUUAUUUUUUGCAAAUACAUAAAUUAAUAGAGAUGGACUUGGAAAUUACAAUUAGUGUAGGAGGACUGACUUCCUGACGACAUCGGUAGUCCUGUCUUUUUCUUCCCAUGUUUGGAACGCACGUCGAAACACGAAGCGUAGCGCCUCUUGGUUUAGUGCAAAAAAUAGAGUGGUAUUUUGUUAUUGAAACGCCGCCAUCCCCGGUUACGGUGAGUGCUGCGUCAUUUUUUGCUGAACGAAUUCCGGACAGUCGACGUCAUUAGUGAAAAGGAAAACAAUUGGAAAUUGACGUCAUUCUUGAAAACGAAAAUCAAAAUACUAUGGAAAAAACAAAAACCUCCAGAAAAAAACACGAGAGCCUCCACCUGUACUUCUUUUG